GAAACGAAACGCUUCUCUCUCUCUCUCUAUAUGUUUUUUAUUUACAGAUAAAACUCAAAACCGGCGAGAAAAAUACAGAGAAACCCCUUCCAUUUUUGCCGAACAAUCCGCUCUCACCGAAAAACCCUAACCCCAAAUCCCAUGCCCUCUCAUCGCGGCCCGACUUAGCGAUGGACUCUCCUCCUUCCACAGCCGUCGAUCCUGAAUCCAACGGCUCAUCUUCCCCCACCGAGAAUCACACCCCAUCCAAAAGGGCCAAGAUCUCCCCACCCGACCCCGCCUCCGAAUUCUCCCAUCACGACCCUACCGUCGCCCGCAUCAACAACGGCAGCUUCGGUAGUUGCCCUUCCUCGAUCCUGGCCGUCCAAUCCUCAUACCAGGCCCUCUUCCUCCGCCAGCCCGAUGAUUUCUACUUCAAUGGCCUCAAGCCCGCCAUUCUCCGAUCCCGAUCGUCCAUCAGGGACCUCAUCAACGCUGAUGACGUGGACGAGGUCGCGAUCGUCGACAACGCCACCACAGCAGCCGCGAUCGUAUUCCAGCAGAUCUCCCGCGCCUUUUCUGAGGGUAGGUUCUCGCCUGGCGAUGCCGUCGUGAUGCUGCACUACGCCUAUGGCGCUGUGAAGAAGUCCAUCGAAGCGUACGUGGCUCGUGCUGGGGGCCACAUCAUCGAGGUCUAUCUACCGUUCCCGGUCAGCUCCAACGAUGAGAUCGUGCUUGAAUUCAGGAAGGCGCUGGAGAAGGGGAAAUCGAACGGUCGGAGAGUGAGGCUGGCGGUGAUUGACCACAUCACGUCGAUGCCAACAGUACUGAUCCCAGUGAAGGAACUGACUAGGAUUUGCAGGGAGGAGGGCGUCGAUCAGGUGUUUGUCGAUGCGGCUCAUGCGAUUGGGAAUGUUGAGGUCGACAUGAAGGACAUUGGCGCUGAUUUCUACACCAGCAACCUGCACAAGUGGUUCUUCUGCCCGCCGUCCGUGGCGUUCUUGUACUCCCGGAAGUCUCCGGCCGCAUCCGAUUUGCAUCACCCAGUUGUAUCGGACGAGUAUGGAAAUGGAUUGGCGAUUGAGAGCGCUUGGAUUGGGACCAGGGAUUACAGCGCACAGCUCGUCGUCCCGGAAGUGGUUGAAUUCAUCAACAGGUUUGAAGGCGGGAUCGAAGGUAUUAGGAAGAGGAACCAUGAGGCGGUCGUUGAGAUGGGGCAGAUGCUGGUGAAGUCAUGGGGGACCCACCUGGGGACGCCCCCGGACAUGUGUACCAGCAUGAUCAUGGUGGGGUUGCCGGGCUGUUUAAGGAUUUUGAGUGAUUCGGAUGGCAAGAAGCUGAGGACCCAUUUGAGGGAGUGUUUUGGAAUCGAAGUUCCAAUAUAUUAUAAGGCGGCAAAAGAUGGGGAGAUUGAAGGGCAGGAGGUGGACAGGUUGGUGACUGGGUAUGCAAGGAUUUCUCAUCAGGUUUAUAACAAGGUUGAUGAUUACUAUAAGUUCAGGGAUGCAAUAAACAAGCUUGUUCGGGAUGGGCUUACUUGCCAAAUGCUUCCAUCUAACUGAUAAUGGCGAACUCGACUUGUCAAAGUUGGCUGCAGGCAUUUGGUUUUUCAAUAGAAUUUACUGACAAGUCAAAUUCGGAUCUGGGGAAUUCUGGGAUCUGGAGAAAACACCACUUCCUUCUUUGCUAUGGUGAUUUUAGGGAAAGUACUUGCGACGUUAUUGUAAUGACUUGGAACAAACAUCAGAGCACUUUUUCCACAUUGUAGUUGCAGGAAAUGAAAUAAAAAUGUUUGUUCAAUCUGGA